AUGACUGCCGAAACUGUCGCCGCUACCUUCCUCUCGGCAUGGAUCUCCCGAUUCGGCGUUCCGUCUCAGGUCACUACUGACCGCGGCAGACAGUUUGAAAGUGCCCUCUUCUCCGCUUUCACCAACUUGCUCGGCACUGUCCGAGUGCGGACGACAUCAUACCAUCCUGCAUCCAACGGCAUUGUCGAGCGCAUGCACCGUCAUUUAAAAGCUGCACUCAUUGCUCACGAAGACCGAACGCACUGGUCGGCCCACCUGCCCAUCGUCCUUCUUGGACUCCGUGCCGCGCUCAAGCCUGACCUUGGCGCCAGCCCGGCGGAGUUCGUCUACGGCAGAGCCCUGCGCCUGCCCGGAGAAUUUUUCGCCUCCUCUUCAAACCUGUGUAACGCAUCAGACUUUGUGCGGCACCUUCACGAGUUUUUCAGCUCCAUUCGUCCCGUCCGGCCUCGCCCAUCCUCGUCAUACAGGCCCUACGUUCCCCAAGACCUCCAGAGCGCCACCCACGUUUUCGUUCGCACUGGCACUAUACGGAAGUCCCUGACACCGCCUUAUUCCGGUCCUCAUCCUGUACUUGGUCGCGCCGGCAAGAACUUCCGUGUCAAUCUCAACGGGACGCACGACACUGUGAGUGUCGACCGUCUGAAGCCGGCCUACGUUGAAGCUUGCCCGCCAGUCGUCGCGGCUCUCCCCGACGUCCCGUUCCCCUUUCAACGUCGUCGGCCCGGCAUUACUCCUCCGUCCCACCAGCCUGCACCCAAGACCGUUACAUGGUCGGACAGAUUCAACUACAUCGCUGCAGACAUCGUGGACCUUGUCGCUCGUGCCGUCGCUCAUAUUAAGCACGCCCUGCGGAAGCAGUAA